UGAAAACCACGCCUAUUAUAAACAGCCCCACCCACGUGACAAUAAGAGAGAAAGCCUGAAAAAGAUAGGCUAAAAUGAGCUCUAGAGGUCGGAGCGAGACACAAAAACUGAAACAAAAUUUGGAGGAACAGCUGGACCGUCUUGUUGCCCAGUUGGAAGACUUGGAGGAAGCAAAAGAUGACAUGGAUGCUGCAGAGUAUGAAGAGACGAGACAAGAGACAGUGGAGCAGUUAAAAGAGUUUAACGAGUCACUGAGUAAACUGACGUCUGGCGAUAUGACACUGGUCAAUGAAAUCAAUCGGAUGCAACUGGCCAUACAGGCUGCAAUUAGCGACGCUUUCAAAACUCCUGAAGUUAUUCGACUCUUUGCCAAAAAGCAACCCGGACAGCUCCGUCAAAGACUCACGGACAUGCAGAGAGACGCAAAGAUGGGUAAGAUAACAGAAGACACUCUGACGCAGCAGAAAGUAGAAAUACUGGUUGCUUUGAGAAAAUUGGGAGAAAAGCUAACGGCAGAAGAACUGGAUUUCCUCUCCGCACAUUCAACAGCUGCUUUGUCACAAUUUGAGAAAAUAUCGGAUGCAGACACAGCUGCUGGUGAGAAGGUACUGGCGAUUGCUGGGACUCAAGUCAAGAAAUAAAAGGACAGGAACAAAUAAUUUUUGUGUGAUGAGACCUGUGCUUUUGAUUAAAA